CCUAUCUUACCGCUGUGUCCUUCUUCUGGCUUACGAUACAAUAAUAAGGGAUAGAGACCCUUUCCCCAAUACUAGUCAUAUCCAAUGCAAGGGUCAAUGCCUACCUACUUAUGGUUUUCAGUUUACCCUCCGAGACUGUCCCUCUUUCAGCCCUCCACCCGAUCAGAUCUGUCUUCCGGAAACCUUCCCCAGGCUGAACGCUUUGCUCGUACUUGCCUUCAAGUCAAUAGUGCCUCAACUCAGCCGCGCCGAUCCAUGGUUCACAGCGGAUAUCGCUCUCAUGUUCCAGAAAAUCCGAACCGAAGCCCUGGACUUAGCCACAUUGAAAAUCGAUCGGUCCACUUUGCUUCCUCGUUCGUGGAGUCGAAAAAUUUGUGUUCAAAUGUGAUGUCAGUUAGUUCGGGGGCGUUGCACCGCAUAUGCCAUCAUGAUCCACGGCGCGGAGUAAGCCUCCGUCCGAGGCUCCUCGAUGAGAUUUGGUGGGCUGCUCGGCGGACGGAUUCGGAUGACGGCAAAGGCCGGAUCGAAUCCGAUGAAUCCGAUGUGGCUCAACUCAGUUCUGAACUCGGAUAGCCUUUCCAGCGCCAUUGUUCACCCCAUUAGGUUUUGUCGCCACCUCAUGACAAUAGUAGGACCCAGAAUACACUUGUGUAUGCCUCAAUAUUGUGGCAAUCUAGCUAUACCUUCUCGGGAAAGGGGCAAUGGCUGCUCUAUUGGUAGGCGGUCAGUUUCUGCC